AUGGCAUCCCGCUCCCCCAGUGUAAGCGACCGUCUGUUCAACCAGAGUAGCGGGUCUCUUGAAGAUCAGGUGGCCGCCGUGUUGGUACAUGAGGUGGCUCGCCGCCUCAGUCAGAGUAGUAGUCAGAGUAAGAAUAGUAGCCGCCAUGAGCAGAGCUGGGUUUCUUCCGAGGCAACUGUUCAGGAAGUCGGUGUCGAGGCAAGCCGUGAGGCCGGGGUAAGCCGCGAGGCCGGGGCAAGCCGUGAGGCCUCGGUAAGCCGCGAGGCCGGGGUAAGCGGCGAGGCCGGGGUAAGCCGCGAAUCCAAGCCCAGUGAUGCUGCCCACAACAGCGACAAUGCGAGUCUGGUUCCGUAUCCGGUCGACUGGCAUGUGCCACAAGCCCUUGUGGACAGAAGCUCCAUGUACGAGAAAUGGACGAUGCACAGGAACUGUGUUUGCGAUGGAAAAACAAGAUACCGAUUUGACGACGAAACCAGCAAGUACUUCCCUCACACCUUUAAUUAUCGACCACCUUGCUGCUUCGAGAAAGUUUUGAUCCAAAUAGAAGCCAAUGGAGUAGUCAAAGUCACCAGCGAGGGACGGCUGCUGGCGUGCUUCUCUUACACCGUAUGGAAAGAGGAUUUGGACGUAAUUCAGCGAGAGGAAGAGUGCAUGAUGAAGUGCUUGGGGGAGAACAUCUGGUGGAUAGCAAACGAAAAUGUCAAUGAAAUAACAAUCAAACGAUCAGAACCCGGUUCAAGCUGCAAAUACUACCCGCACUUCACUUCAUUCUGGGAAGCAAAUCACACUCGCACCAACCUAAUGGUCUUUGCGCGGCAACUCGCCGGCAAGUUCCAUGUAAAGAUAGUCAUUUCAUAG